GUUUGCUAAGCAUUGUUUAUCAGUUAUUAAAAAUGAGAGGAAACUGUAGCACCUAUAAAACUUGAUUGACUUUCAAAAAUCCAAGGUAAUACUGCAGGAAAGAGGCUCUUCAAUUUGUAUUUUUCUGUUUGCAGGUAAUUUUGUCCUGAACUCUGCAAUCAGACAUACAGAAAGACCUAUGGAACAAAGGACCAAUGUGACCGAGUUUGUCCUCUUGGGGCUCACUCAGAGCCUUCAGGGCCAGAAAAUAUUGUUUGUUGUGUUUUUGUUCAUCUACAUGGUGACACUGAUGGGCAACCUUCUCAUUGUUGUGACUGUCGUGGUCAGCUCAGCCCUGGGCGCCCCAAUGUACUUCUUUCUUGGCUACUUGUCACUUAUGGAUGCUGUUUAUUCUACAACACUUACCCCAAAUAUGAUUGUACACUUACUCUAUGAUAUCAAAACCAUUUCCUUCCAAGGUUGCCUGAGCCAGCUUUUCAUGGGACACUUAUUUGGUGGUGCUGAGAUUUUACUCCUGGUGGUCAUGGCCUAUGACCGCUACGUGGCCAUCUGCAAACCCUUGCAUUAUUUGACCAUCAUGAAUCAACGAGCGUGUGUUCUGCUGCUGCUGUUGGCCUGGCUCGGAGGUUUCUUACAUGCUGUAGUUCAGCUUCUCUUUGUUUACAACCUGCCCUUCUGUGGCCCCAAUGUCAUUGACCACUUCAUCUGUGACAUGUUCCCAUUAUUAAAACUUGCCUGCACUGACACUUACAUUAUUGGCCUCAUUGUGCUUGUCAAUGAUGGGGGCAUCUGUGUGGUCAUCUUUGUGCUGUUACUCAUCUCCUACGGGGCCAUUCUGUACUCCCUGAGGAAUCAUAGUCAGGAAGGGAGGCGCAAAGCCUUAUCUACCUGUGGCUCCCACAUUACUGUGGUGGUCCUCUUCUUUGUCCCUUGUAUUUUUAUAUAUGUGAGACCUUCUUCUACCCUACCCAUUGAUAAAUCCUUGACUGUGUUCUACACUGUUAUCACCCCUAUGUUAAACCCCUUAAUCUAUACCCUGAGAAAUUCAGAAAUGAAAAGUGCCAUGAAGAAACUCUGGACCAGAAAAAGAAAAUGAGGCAGCAGAUUUAUGUGUCACUGAUUUUUAAUGAAGAAUUGAUCCUUCCAGGAAAAUCAUGUGUGGUUGUUUAACUACAGCAAACUCUUCCUCAGGUUUAAUAACUUGGACAAGAUGAAAAACAUUUAUUAGGUGAAUAUUUUCAAUGGUCAAAAUAUAUUUUUAAGAUUUUCAUAAUUUCUUAGAAAAGUGUUAUGU